GCACGCGGUCUAAAAUUCGGCAUGUACACCAACGUGGCUGCUGUCACGUGCAUGCAAUACCCUGGUUCCUUCGGCCACUUCAGGACCGAUGCCAAGACCUUUGCGGACUGGGGAGUCGAUUACCUGAAGGUGGACGGAUGCUUCGUUGGAGAAGAUGUCCUGAAUAAAGCAUAUAUCAAGCUUGGCAGCCAAUUGAACGACACGGGCAGACCGAUGGUGUAUUCCUGUAGCUGGCCAUACUAUAUCCAGUACAUUCACUCCAAAGUGCCAGACUUCGAAGCGAUAUCCCAGCAUUGCAACAUGUGGCGUAACUACCACGACGUGCAGCUGUACUGGCCGGCUCUGAAGAUGAUCUUCAAGCACUUCGAGGACGAAUACGAAGAGCUGAGCCGACACCACGGGCCAGGGAAAUGGAACGACCCGGAUAUGCUAAUAUUCGGCACAGACACACUAACAGAGAGUCAAAGCCGGGUGCAGAUAGCAGUAUACGUGAUGCUCUCCGCUCCCUUACUGCUCAGCUGUGAUAUGACCAAAAUAACGGCAUACGAGAAGAAACUGCUCCAGAAUCUCGACCUUAUGGCGGUGGGACAAGACCCAUUGGGCGUCAUGGCUAGGCCGCAUAAGCUGCAAGAAAGCGUAACUUUAUGGGUAAAGCGCCAUCUACCGAUGAAAGGAAACAAGUUCCAUAGCUACUCAUUCGCUAUAGUCAAUGUGGAUAGUCAACCUCAUUUGAUUUAUUUCUUCCCCAAGAUAUAUGGCACGGAUUCUAAAGAUGGUUAUACAGUGAUGGAUGUAUUUUCAAGGGAUUUCAUAAAGAACGUAACGUUUCACGAGCCAAUUGAAGUCACAGUGCCACCUGAUGAUGUUAUUAUGUACACAUUUUUCCCACUGUAAGAUUUUUUUAACUGAGUAUUAUUUAUAAAAAUAGUCAAAUUAAUCAAAUUCUGUUUUCAGAAACAAUUUCUUUUGUUAAAAUAAGUAAGGUAAGGCCUGUUUCAUUUGAUGAUAAAGUCCUUUAUAGCUUAACUGGAACUUAUCUAUCAGAUGAAGUUUUACGUUUGAUCUCAUGUGUCCAAGACACAGAGAUAUCUGGAAGAUAAAUACCUUUAUUGGUUAACGUAACGUUAUUUGUCAGUUAAUGAUCUGAAACAUUAUCAAGUUUAUGAAACUGGUCUAUAUUUUUGUCCGUCCGUCUUACCUAACUUGAAGCGAUUUAUUUCUACAAAAGUUUUGGAACUUUAGAUCUAUAACAUAAGAUUCAAAAUCGAUUGAUAAUCUUGUUUUGUUUAGUACUUAAUAAAAGAUCUUAUUUAGUGUAAAUAGUGCAAUGAAUUUGAUUUUGCACGAAACUGCUCACAAUACUUGUGAUAUUAGAUAAGUAUUUAUUGAAAAUCGUUUAAUAAACUUUUAUC